AAGGCAGUGCUUUAAUGCCUUUCUAGUUGCCGGGUUAAUCCUUCCUUCCGCGAUAUCCAACUUAUCUACGUGGGGGUCAUUAGACUCCAAGUAGAUCCGGAAAUGUUGAAUUCUCUCCUCUUCUUAUUGCGAUAUAAAAUGUUUUUUGUUUCAUUUCAUUUACAUUGGGAAAUAGAGAAACGAUCAUUGUGUUUUGUUAGUUUUAAAAACUUUUGAUAUAUUAGUAUUUUGCAUUAUAAGCAGUCAACCGAUUGACAAACUAGAAUUAUUUGAAUUCCGUGUGGAAAGAGCUCGGGUUAAUUUCGAGUGUUAUCUGCAAUCUAGAUGUUUAUAAAUCAUUUCAGUCGUUGAUAUAAUAAUUAAAGGUCGACUGAACAUGAAUUAUAUUAUACAAUUUAAAGCGCAUUUCUGUUUAUGCACGAGAACCCGUAUAACGUUAUUUUCGCAGUUAUAUAAAGUAGCAAAUUAUCGUUCCUGAAUAGGUGGCGCCGUGGUAGCGGAUCCUGUUCCUCUUCUUCCGGUUUCUACACUGCAACUAUUUCAGUUAUAUUUUUAAUUAACGAUGCCAAAUACUUGUUGUUGUGUACCUGGAUGUCAUUUAAGAGGAGGACAUGCAUUUCCAAAUGACUUAAAAAGAAGGAAAAGUUGGAUCAACGCCAUGGCCCAUACGCAGAUUGGACGAGAACACGAUGAUAUCGUGGAGUCCAUCUCAAUCAGCUGUUGUUUGCAAGGCACGUUCUACUGAAAAAGACUACGUGCAGGAAACUAUUCAUGGGCGCAAACCCACCAUACAGAGACUUAAGUCUACUGCAAUUCCCAGCCUAUUUUCCUGGACCAAGCAAGAGACUGAAUCAUCCGCAAAAAGAAAAAUCAGGGCAGUUUCCUGUGAAAAUAAAAGAACUAAACUUGAUGAAUAUUGUAGUAGAAAUCUAGAGGAAAGUUUUGAUUGUAAAGUUGGUUUUCCUGAAGAAGUCAUUCAUACUGCAGAAAGGAUUUAUGACUGUCCACCACCAACUGCCGAGCUAAUGUUGAGCUUCACAGAUGGAAUUACGCAAACACCAUCAAUGCCUAUGUUUUCAGCAGAGAAUUUUGAAAUGAAGACACGUGACACAGCCAUGCAUUUUUAUACCGGUUUAGAGUUGUAUACUAAAUUUUUAUUUGUUUUGACCACACUUGGUCCAGCAGCACAUUGUUUGAGAUACAUAUAUUUUCAAAUUGAUAGGGUGUCAGUUGAAAAUCAGUUUUUUUAUGACUUUGAUGAAAUUGAGGCAUCAUACAACCAACUUUGAACUGUCUAGAUUCUAGAUUGAAUCUAGUGUUAAGAAUAUUGUGUAUACAUGGAUUGUUUUUAUGUCUAAACAGUGGUGUGAGGCUAACACUUGGCCAUCUAGUGGUUUAGUCAGGUAUUUUUCACCAUCCAACUUCAAAUUAAAGUUUCCUACGACUUGGAUUAUUAUUGACAGCACAGAAUAUCCCGUGAUAAAACCUAAAGCUCCUAGAGCUCAGGCAACCUUUUCAUCAAAUAAAAACAGAAACACUGAAAAUUCUUGAAUGUUCGACACCUGGUGGUUUGGUCAACUAUGUCUCUAUGUCACAUAGAGCGAAUUAUUGGACUUGGCAAAACAUACAAAAUUCUAAUAAAUCCUAUGAAUGGAACUGAAACAAAACUUUCAUCUGAAAUAACAUUUAGUUGUUUUAUGUUGUUUAAUUUUAGAACUUGUAUUGUGCCAAAGGAUGCAUAAAUAAAAGUGACGCAAUGAAUUUUGUUCUGAUAUAUAUAUAUUUACAAUUACAUGCACAUGUAAAUUGUAAUGCAUAUAAAAAUAAGGAGAUGUGGUAUGAUAUUCAGUGAGUUUAUCAAACUAAAGUGCAUAAGAAAUGGGUUUAAGCAGUUACAGGUGUUACUGUCACCGUACAAUCUCCAACAAUGAGAAAAACUCGUACCGUGUAAAAAAUUUCAGAGAUCUUACAACUAAGUUUUGUUGUCUCACCUUGACUUUGGUGAAUUUUUUAUAUCUGUUGAUGUAAAUAUAAAAAAGAAGAUGUGGUAUGAUUGCCAAUGAGACAACUCUCCACACAUGCACAAGAGACCAAAUGACACAGAAAUUAACAGCUAUAGGUCACAGUACGGCCUUCAACAAUGAGCAAAGCCCAUACCGCACAGUCAGCUAUAAAAGGCCCAGAAAUGACAAUGUAAAACAAUUCAAACAAGAAAACUAACGGCCUAUUUUAUGUAAAAAAAUGAACAAAUAUAACAAAUAUGCAACACAUAAACAAACGACAACCACUGAAUUACACUUUUAUAGGCUCCUGAC